GCCACAGUCAAAGAGACCAGGGAAGAUGAAACGAACUUCUGCAUGGUUGUUUCGUCCAUGACAAGUGAGUAAACUCACAAGAUCAAGAGGAGGAGGGAGAGGGUGGCUGACACUACACCAUGAUGACCGGCGAUGACUGCGCGUCUGAAGACGGAGCUCAGAGCGGCCCGUUCACGCCGCUCAUCCUGGAAGAGCAGGAGAAAGAGGCGGAGUCCUGGACGAACGUUCUGAUUCGGAAAGUGAAAAAACGCUGCUCCUGUAGCCGCGCUCAGGCCAAAGCCCUGCUGCUGGAUUCCAUGCCGAUUCUCCGAUGGCUUCCCCGCUACCAGCUCAGGGCGUGGCUACUGGGCGACGUCAUGUCUGGGCUCAUCGUCGGCAUCCUGCUGGUGCCGCAGUCCAUCGCCUACUCCCUGCUGGCAGGACAAGACCCCAUCUACGGGCUCUACACCUCCUUUUUCUCCAGCAUCAUCUACACCGUGCUGGGCUCCUCCAGGCACAUCUCGGUGGGGAUUUUCGGGGUCUUGUGUCUGCUGGUGGGACAGGUGGUGGACAGGGAGCUGGUGGCCGCCGGCUAUCCGACGGAGACCAAUCAGACGGCCGUGGACGGCCUGCAGAACGUGACCGGUCCCUUGUGUGACCGUAGCUGUUACGCCAUAACGGUGGGAGCCACGGUUACCUUCACAGCUGGUGUGUACCAGGUUCUGAUGGGUCUCCUCCAGGUGGGCUUCGUCUCCGUCUUCCUCUCGGACUCUCUCCUCAGCGGCUUUGCCACAGGAGCCUCUCUCACCAUCCUCACCUCGCAGCUCAAAUACCUGCUGGGAAUCAAGGUUCCCCGUGCCCAGGGCUGGUUCACCCUCUUCAAGACCUGGAUUAGCCUGUUACGGAACAUCCACAAAACCAAUGUGUGCGACCUGGUAACCAGUAUCAUCUGUCUGCUCGUGCUGGUGCCCACCAAAGAGCUGAACGACCGUUUCAAAUCCAAGCUGAAGGCGCCCAUACCCUUUGAGCUCUUCGUGGUCAUCGUGGCCACGCUCGCCUCACAUUUCGGCCACUUCCAGGAGGAGUAUGGCUCAGACGUGUCCGGCGACAUUCCCACCGGCUUCAUGCCCCCGCAGCUCCCUGCCUGGUCCCUGAUCCCCAACGUGGCCGUGGACGCCUUCUCCAUCGCCAUCGUCGGUUUCGCCAUCACCGUCUCCCUGUCGGAGAUGUUCGCGAAGAAGCACGGCUACGUCGUGGACGCCAACCAGGAGAUGUACGCCAUCGGUUUUUGUAACAUCUUCCCGUCCUUCUUCCGCUGCUUCACCACCAGUGCCGCCUUGACCAAGACGCUGGUGAAGGAGUCCACAGGCUGCCAGACUCAGCUGUCCGGACUGGUGACCGCUCUGGUCCUCCUACUGGUGCUGCUGGUCAUCGCUCCACUCUUCUACUCCCUACAGAAGUGUGUGCUGGCAGUUAUCAUUGUGGUGAAUCUGCGUGGAGCUCUGAGAAAGUUCAGGGACGUUCCGAGAAUGUGGCGCGUAAACCGCGUGGACGCGGCCAUUUGGCUGGUUACCAUGGCAACCUCGGCCCUGGUAAACACAGAGCUGGGCCUGCUGGUGGGCGUGCUGGUGUCGGCCUUCUGCGUGCUGGGCCGUACCCAGUCCGCGCGUGCCCUGCAACUGGGCAAGGCCGGGGAGCUCGAGGUUUACGAAGACCUGGCGUCGUACAAGGGUCUCCAGACUCAGCCUGGCGUGGCCAUCUUCCGCUACGAGGCGCCAAUCUACUACGCCAACCAGGCUUUGUUUAAAAAAUGUCUGUAUCGCAGCGUAGGACUGGACCCGCUGAAAGAGAAGGCCCGUCGCAAGAAGCUGGAGAGACAGAAACAAAAGCAGGAAAAGUCGGAGGAGGGAGGGGCGAAAGGCAAGGAGCCGGAGUCGUCCACCAGCGUCUUCCUGGCUCACUGCGUGAGCUUCCACACGCUAAUCCUGGACUGCAGUCCGGUGUUGUUUCUGGACACGGCGGGGGUGAAUGCGCUGAAGGAGGUUUGUAAGGACUACAGAGAGCUGGGGGUGCGAUUGCUGUUGGCGCAGUGCAACAUCUCCGUCAUCGAAUCCCUGCGGAAGGGAGGUUACUACAACCAGAAGGAUGGAAAUACAGAGAAGCUGUUUUUCACGAUAGGCGAUGCUGUCUGUUACGCGAAGAGCCUCUCAUCUCAGAACGGCGACUGUGACACUGUUUGCUGAGAGAAAAAUGCUUUAAGAUAUUUAUGCAGUAUGUCUGUUAAAAGCCCCUUUUGCCUUAAGUAUGUGCCUUGAUUUUUAACCUCUACCAGCCUCCGUCUGUAGAUGUUGUCUCUCCAGAGGUGAGGUGGAAGUUUAUCUGCAGUUUUCUCAGAUAACAGAAGAAUGGAGUCUAUGGUGUCUUAUAAUGUAUAUUUAUCUAUGUUGCCUUUUUGUUUUUCAGUUUUCUAAAACUAUAGAAACAAAUCAUCAACCAACCUUCAGAUUUCCACUGAAGACCAAAUAAUUCCUUGGUUACAGUUUCAGAGAGUGUGUGUGUGUGUGUGUGUGUGUGUGUGUGUGUCUGUGUAUGUGUGUCUGUGUGUGUCUGUUUGUUGAACAGCACUUUCCAACUUUAUCUCACAUUGUUGGAGCUAUCUCUCUCAGGAGCUGUUUUUAUUAUCAAUGUCUUGAAUUUGGGGGGAAAAAAGAGAGAAAAAAAAUACUGGUUAUUUGCAGACUUCGCUCAGGGUGCAAGAAAGAUCCGUAAACCAAAAUCAAGUUGCAGGACAAAAAGACUGCAAACCAAUCAAAGAGUGUAAUGGGUGUACUGGUUUGAAACCAAAUGUGAUUAUUCCACCUCAUCCACGUUCUUGUUUUAUACACGCAGACAUUGCUUAUGCAAUUUUCAGUCUUAGUUGGUUGAUAAUGGGUUGUUUUGUUUUGUUUUUUGAUGAUCUUAGUUAGUCUUGCUUUUACUGGAGGAAUUAGCAUUAAGAAUAAGCUGGAACCUUAUGCUAAAGUGAAAAACUUUGGUCGGGCUCUUUGAGUGACAGAUAAGAGUUCUGUGCUCAAAUCUCUCUUUAUUUACUGAUCACUCACUGCCUAGAUACCCUCAGGUGAGCGUUAAACAGUAACCAGAAUUGGUUUUUUUAAAGCAGUGAGUGCUUUCAUUGGGGGGAAAAAAAGAAAAAGAGAAGGAGAUUUUAUAUGAGGAUUCAGUCUGAUGAAUCAAAAGUAGACAGUACUUGUUUGCCAGUUACCAAAACACUUUACAGAUGUAGGGUCGGAGAGGGGCCCAUUGAAAAUCAAUAACCCUUCUGCGUCGGUGCCUAAGCCAAACCAAAUAUUGACCCUACCUGCCGACCUUAUCGAAUGUGUGUUCCUGCGUUGUCACGGUGACUGAGUUACGAUCCGUCCUCCUGUCUCAGCCUGUAGGCCUUACCUGAGAGUGAGAGACAGUUAAUGAUGGUUUUCACCCUGAUUCUCAGUCGCCACAGACAGACGCAGCUCAGAGGGGAUUCUUUGUUUUUCUUUAUGAACCAGGCACUUGUUUUGUGAUGGAGGUUCAGUUUACAGGGUUCAGGUAGAUUUAGGUUUGACUUGUUGGGUGUGAGUGAAGGACAGAGGACGACUGCCGUCUGAAAGAGGCAUGAAAGAUGAGGUUCAGCCUUCACUCGUCCAGCACUGUGCUCAGGUCCAGGUCCCACACAGGCCUUCUCCUCCUCCUCCUGCUCCUCCUGUUCCCGUUCCCCUCAUGCUCCUCCCCAUGCUCCUGAUUCUCCUCCUCUAGCUCCCAGUUCCCGCUCCCCUCCUACUCCUCUUCCUCCUGCUGCUCCUGCUCCUGCUGUAAGACUUGAUCAGAGUUUGUGACACUAUCCGGUGGGAGAAAGGUGGGGUUGUGAGUGGAGGUGAUACUCUGAUACGCUGGGCCCUGUUGAGUGCUGGACCUGUAGCCAGUUAAAUGUGAUUCUAAAUCAAAAUUAAAUUAUAUUUUUCCAAUCAUGCGUUUGUCUUUUUGAAUGUUAGUUUUUUUUUGUUUUGUUUUUUUGGCUUUUGAAGAACAUGUAGCUUAUAUGAUUUCCUUGGUAUUACAGGCUUUAUAUAGAGAUAUAUACAG